AACUCGAGGAGGUAAAGUGUUGGGUCCCAAAAAAAAAGAAAAGGUAAAGUGAGAAAAUAAAUCUGACUUUACAUAGAAAGACGAAAGUGCGAAAACCUUUUCAACAUCAAUCUUCUUCCUUCUCUCGAAGCCAAAACCAUGGCGCUACUACUAUGGCAAACUCUAAAAGAAGCGAUACAUGCUUACACAGGUCUCUCCCCGGUGGUCUUCUUCACCGCCCUCGCUCUCGCCUUCUCCAUUUACCAAGUCGUCUCAGGCUGGUUCGCUUCGCCUUUCGAUGAUGUUCGCCGACAUCAGAGGGCUAGAUCCUCGGCUGCAGAGGAAGCACCUCCGAUUCCUCAGCCUGUUCAGGUCGGCGAGAUCACAGAGGAGGAGCUUAAGCAGUACGAUGGCUCCGAUCCUCAAAAGCCCCUUCUUAUGGCCAUCAAACAUCAGAUCUAUGACGUAACUCAAAGCAGGAUGUUCUAUGGACCAGGAGGGCCAUAUGCUUUGUUUGCAGGGAAAGACGCAAGCCGAGCGCUUGCAAAGAUGUCGUUUGAGGAGAAAGAUCUGACUUGGGAUAUCUCUGGUCUUGGUCCCUUUGAGCUUGAAGCUCUUCAGGACUGGGAGUACAAGUUCAAGAGCAAGUAUGCCACUGUUGGCACUGUCAAAGUGACCGUUUCAGAAGCUGAAACUGCAUCUGUGUCUGAACCCGCAGAGACUGAUGACGGAGACGCUCAUGUAAUCAAGCAAGAACCGACAGUUGUUGAUAAGAAUCUUGAGACUCCUGCUGAGAGUGAUGUGAAGAACGAGUAGAUUCUGUUUCCGUGAUUUACUCUGAUGAUGUUGAAGUUUCAAUGAUAUAAUCUUUGUUUCAUUACCUCAAAAACCGAGUUUGCUGGUUAAUAAAGUAUUUAUAAAAUGCUCGAUCACAUAGUGUUUGAA